AUGUUCUGGCUAAUCAUUUCGGGUUCGCUCUUAUGUACAGUGGCCUUAGCCUUGGGGUCCCAUCAUGCUAGCCAACCACCGCUUACUCGAUCAUUAUAUACCGUUACGGCGGAACCCUCUAUAUUUCCCAUCACUUCCUCCCCCGCGGCCUGGGUCCCUCCAGCACACGACCAGCUUCUCCUCGCUGCACCACCGUCCCCAGACACAGAACUUGAUUCGGCAACGUCCACCAUCAUUGUUCCCGUCGACCCCAACACCACUGAAUCCAAUCCUCCAUAUGAAUCGGUGACUGGGAAGGCCCUGGAGGGAGAAGAGCAGAUGGGUCCUGUCAAGACAAAGGCCACCAUUGGUGUGCUGUCGACACUUAUAUUUUACAUGUGCGCCAACAGUGUAUUGCGGGCCACACGUCCAGAGGUAUUCAUUUGGCAAGACGAAGACCGAGAGGAAUCCAGCUGGAUCGCUACCUCGCGGUAUUGGCUCGACAGGAAAUGCUGUCGAUGGCUGGGUGUCUGCGGUGCAUUCCACAUGCACUAUAUCUCGGAACACGACAAGUUCGGCCAUCGUCCCUCAAUUGAUCACCGAGAGCGAGUGGUGGUACCCACGCCUGACUGGGACUGGCAGCAUGCCUGGACUGAGGGCAACGACCGCCCUGAAGAUUGGACCGACGAUGAACGGGUGCUGAGGGUGAUCCCAGACUACGUGUUCGAGUAUGCUCCUCUCGUCCACCUCUACUCGGGAGAGCAGUUCUGGCCCUGCGACAUUGCUGAGCACCUCUACCACAUCACCCCAACCUUGAACUACACCCCGGUCCAGUCCGAGCAGCAGCAUCCAUCACUCCAAAACUUGGACGAGCUGAACAAUUGGGACAAGGGCCGGUGGCUGUUUCUGACCAGCAACGACAACGUGGAAGAACGGCCAGACUGGUUGGAGGGAGAGAAGAACAUCCCAACAGGACCGUCGAGACCAGAUGACCCGUUAGAAGACAACGAGGGCUGGGUCCACAAACCAGGACGGACAUAUCUACAAGGUGUGAAGGAUGCAUUGGACGACGCGAAAGAAUGGUUUGCACCGGACUUGGAUGACUUUGAGGAUGGUGAUGAUUUUCAAAUGACAGCCUCGGGCCAAUCAGAGCAGACACAGGCCGCACGCCGGAUUCAUCAUGAAUUGAGACGCUCAACAAGUCGGGAUCACGCGCCGCCGGACAGGCUGCGAGGAGGUCGAAGUGAUGCACCUGCAGUUCUUGUCACCGUCAACAAGGGCCAUGGCAUCGUCGACGCUUUUUGGUUCUUCUUUUACAGCUUCAACUUGGGGAACGUGGUGCUCAAUGUCCGGUUUGGCAAUCACGUGGGCGACUGGGAACACACCGCCAUUCGAUUCCAACACGGCAAGCCCAAAGCCGUGUUCUUCAGUGAGCACAACUUCGGAUCCGCCUACAGCUACGAUGCCGUGGAGAAAAUCGGCAAACGCCCCGUGAUCUAUUCCGCUUACGGGACUCAUGCCAUGUAUGCAACUCCUGGCACCCACCCUUACAUCUUGCCAUGGGGGAUCCUCCACGACCUGACAGACAGGGGCCCUCUAUGGGAUCCAGCUCUGAAUUCACACGCUUAUACAUAUGAUUACAAGAACGACACUCUGCGGUCUUCGAACCGCACGCCGAAUGCCCCGACCAACUGGUUCCACUUUGCUGGACAUUGGGGGGAUAAAUUUUACCCUCUGGGUGAUAAACGGCAAUAUCGAUUCGCCGGACAAUACCACUAUGUCAAUGGUCCGCUCGGCCCGAAAUUCAAGCAUCUGGGGAGGAAGAAGAUCUGUCAAGGACCAGAAAGUUCUCCUUGUGUGGUCAAGAACUGGCUAGGCAGUGGAGAUAAAAUUGGCCAUUUACAUCUGUCCGACCUAGAAGCUGAGGAAGGAGACAACAACCUAUAG